GACGAGCGGUAUCGUCGGAUCGCGGCAGCGCUCGAAAAAAAGCACUCAAACAAACACGGCCCUUUCCCUGCGCUGCUUGCUAAGCGUGGUUUCUGCGCUGAGGAACCUUGCGCCUUUGUUUGUCCCGCAGACGUCUCAUCCUCGGCAAUAUGACCGGCUAGCUCCAAGGCGGCCUCGACCUCAGCUGGCACCGAGAAACCGCACGCGACAGCCAGGAACCCUCGGCUGACAGCCUCAUCGACCGGACCUUUGGCCUACCGCCCGACUCCGCCGCCAAGACGCCUCGUUGCCAUGCCUCUCCUCGACUUCCCGCCGGGUGACAACGCCACCGACACGGUCAUCGAGGGCGUGCACUUCAGCCUCAAGAUCUUCCGCGACUGGAACUACCAGUACUACUCCAACGGCACCGUCUCCAACGAGAGCUACUGCUUCAUCACGGCCCCGCCCUUCACGCCCGCCCGCCUCCUCGACAACGGCACCUUUGUCAACUCGACCUGGUGCUACACGGCCCAGCGCCCCGUCGGCCCCCGCGGCGCCACUGCCCUGGCCCUGACGGUGCUCUUCGGCCUCGCCAUUGUGCUCAACAUCUCCAACCUCCAUCGCCAUGGCUCGCUCUUCCUCCCCUCCACGAAGCGCUUCCACCCCGUCGGCCGUCGCUGGCAGUGGUACUGGUCCCUGGCCGCCUGCUCCUUCGCCUGCGUCGGGCUGAUUGCGAGUGUAGAUGUUGAGCGCUUCUGGGUGUCGGAGCUGCCCAUCGUGCUCGUCGCCUUUUUCUGGUACCUGCUCACCAUGGCCACCAUGGCUAUCAUUUGGGAGGCCGUCCGCCACUGGGGCAGCUGGCUAGAGCGCCAGUUCAUUGACCCGGACCCCUUCGUUCUGCCCGAGAGUGGCAUCCGCUACAAGUUCGAGUUCUUCAUCCCGCUCGUCUUCUACGCCUUUUUCUUCCUCAAUUUCUUCGUAGUCUUCCCUCGCAAUUGGGGAGCCCUCGGGUUGCAGCGCUCUCCUGAGCAGACUCUGCGGGAUGCCGUGCCCUCUGCCACCGACUUGCGCCUCAAAAUUGGACCAUUCUUUCUCUUGGCCGGCUGGAUCACCAUCCUCGUGUCUCUACGCCACUCGCUCAAGCACUACCAGAAUCGCAACCGCGGCCUGGUCAACCGCGCCAUCGGUCUGUUUACCAUGACGCCGGUGCGCUUCCGACUCAUGAUCCCUCUGGCUCUCGCCAUGCUUGCAUACCAGGCCUACGUGCCCUGGUCUCUUGAGAACUCGCCCAUGAACAUCACUCCCAACCUCGUCCCUGUAUAUGUUGGCGGCUACCUCCCAAGCCUUCUUAUCAUAUACAUCCAGAUCAUCUGCGGCUACAUGCGCCCUAAUGAGGACCUGGAGCUGAUCCGCCAGAGACGCGAGCGCGGCAUCGAGGACGACGAACGCCUGCAGAUAACCCGCAAGCCCGCGUGGUGGCGACGUGUACAUGGCGAUGCCGCGCCCCUCGGGGAGAGCAUGCGCGACCGCGUUCGCCGCAACGUGAAUGCUGUCACGGAAAGGAACCCCGGUCAGACUGAUCCCAACAGGGAAGCCGAGAUACGUGCCGCCCCGGGCCUUAGAAACCCCCCUUCUAGCCUGCCUGAGACGAACAGCCGCGCUGCUGUCAGCUCUGUGGAGAUGGCCGAGAUGCAAAGGGAUCGUGGCAGCGAUGCCUCAGACGCCAGAAGUGGCCUGCCAUCACCUGGCCCCUCCGCCAACCUUGAAUCUCCCACGACGGAGCCGUACAGCGGCCAGUCGGACAGACGGCGAAACGAACGUACCAUGCAGGCUGUGGCCGGACUUCUAUUCCCUGGAUCAAACACCACGCCCUCGGCCGCCCAGAGAAGAGCAGACCUAAUGGUAGACGGCCCGCCGCCGCCCCCUUACCAGGCGCAGACCCGAGAACAACAACCAUCGGGGCUACGCAGCAGCUCUGCCUCGAUCAACCAGCCUCCUCAGCAGACAAGGAGCAUGUUGGAUGUUUAAGCGGCGGCGGGUCAAGCGCAAUUUACCCCCACACCGGUCAGGCGACCACCUCGCUGUUAUUCUAAUAUACUACUUACUCCAUUCCUUUGGUCAUGUGUGUAUAUUUUGCAUUUCUGCCUAUCAUUAUUCCAUUUUUCUCGUUUCAUACUCUCCCCAUUGAAUAUGUCUGGGCUAUAUUGCGGCGUCGUCACGGAUUUCAGUUAAGCACGACUUGGAUGUCUCUGUUAUAGCUAGCAAGGUCAGCAUGGAUAUGUGUAUGUUUUACAAGGACGGCGGCAUAUGCAGUCAGGGCAGGGUGGUUGGCCAGCACGGGGCUUGGGAAUGUGAGUGGAAGUGUAGGAAACACGAAUACGGACAGUGCAAGUCGCAUGUCUCCUUGCCGUUAAGGUCCCCUGCGGGUGUGUGAGGGGCUGGUGGCUGGAACAACGCACCAGGCCAGUCUUGGCAUGGAGGUUUGAUUCAAUAUGCAUCUCGUCGUGCUCUCCAACCAAAGGCCACUCGGCAUGUGCCCACUAUGUGCCUUGCACGUACCCCAAACUAUCAGCACCCCUCCAGGGCAGCACCAUUUGUAGUGAUCGCCAAUGGC